UAAACCAAACCUAAUCUAUCUUUCUUCUGUCAUUCGACUCCGACAUCGAUUCCACUGAGUUUUUCGUCCGCUGUUGAAACCCAUUGCUGGUUCCUCCGCCAUUGUUGUUUCGUCUGCCAUAAAUUCAUCAAUUUCAGUUGUUUGUCUGCCAAUUUCAGUCUGGAUUAAGCUUUUAUAUAUUGUCUAUCUCGAAGUGAAUUUUACGGAUUCAGUUUCAGAGUCGUCAAAUUUUUGACUCAUCUGACUCCGGAUUCGGGUUCGCUGGUAGCCGAGUUAGAUUAUCUUCGCAUUCAAAGGAAAGUGCAGCGAUUGUUAUAAAGCAACCAAAGAGAUCUGAGACAACCUUUUCUCCUCUGCGACAGACGAGCGACCAAAAGCAGUGACUCGGUGACGGCGGGAUUUGAUCGGUGUGGAAGAUGGAGUUUUGCCCUACAUGUGGGAACUUGCUGCGUUACGAGGGUGGUGGCAAUUCCAGAUUCUUCUGUUCCACAUGUCCUUACGUCGCCUACAUCGAAAGACAGGUGGAGAUAAAGAAGAAGCAACUUCUGGUUAAGAAAUCUAUUGAACCUGUUGUUACUAAAGCAGAUAUACCGACAGCCGCUGAAACUGAAGCUCCAUGCCCAAGAUGCGGCCACGACAAGGCAUACUUCAAAUCAAUGCAGAUUCGUUCAGCCGAUGAGCCAGAAUCAAGAUUUUAUAGAUGCUUGAAGUGCGAGUUCACUUGGCGUGAGGAAUGAUGAUCAUUCACCACUGUGCCUGCUAAUAUCUUUUUUUUACUUAUCUUCUUUGAGUGUGUUUUACCAUUGUGCAUUCUUUUUGGUAUAUUGUUUUCAGCACAAGAGUUUUUGUAAUUUGAGCAGUCGGGUAUUUUUCCGACUGUGCAAAGUUUUGAUCUUUUGGAAGUAAAGUUUUUGAGAAUAUUCAUCU